AUGCACCUUCAGCGCACGUAUGGGCUUGGCCGGUCAUUUCCCGACGCAGCGCACCAUCCCUUCGACGGCACCCACUUCUACGGCGUCAAGCACUUCAAUAGUUCCUCCUGUGACCAGUACUUCGACGAUGAACACCCUCACUACGGAAGCUCGACUGCCGACACCAUCCUCCCUCCUGCGACCUCACCCCUAACCCUCACCACCCACUCCGAUGCAUCACCGCCUGCCACCACCCUUAUCACCACAGCUGAAUCAUCUACGCGCACUGGGGGCUCAAGCCUAAUCUGCCCUCAUUGCAAUCGCACACUUACCCCACGCAUCGGCCUAGUCGGUCACUUACGAAUCUAUCGCACAGAGACUGGUCGACCAUUACGAUGCCUCAAGUACUGGCACUACUAA